AGAUUAGCGCAAACAUCUCACUGAUUUUUGGGUAAUUUUUUCUUUCUUCUUCUUCUUCUUCUUCUUCUUCUUCUUCUUCUUCUUGUGAUCUGUGCACUCUCAACUCAAUUACUACUCUUUCUACUCAUUUCUCUUUUUCUUCUUCCUUUCUUUUUCCAACUAUCACCCAACAAUUUCUUACUCAUUUCAACUUAAUUUUCAAUUCUAACUCUGCAAAAAAGGUGUGGCAUGUUAUGAGGACACAAAUUUAUAUUGUAUGCUAACUUUUGGCAUCUGAGUUUUGCAAAAAUAGUGGCUAAGAUACAAUGAGGGGUCAGUUGUGACAAGUAUAUGGAUCCUCAGGCCUUUAUAAGGUUGUCAAUAGGCUCUCUUGGUUUGAGAAGUACAGGAAUUGAACCGAGCACUGGAAAAUCCGGAAUUCACAGGCUUUCUUCAUCUUAUGUUUGUGAGAUACGGCUUCGAGGUUUUCCUGUUCAAACAUCAUCAGUCCCCUUGAUAACCUCUGCCGAAGUUAUACGUGAUGCUCAAAACAUUGCUUCAAGCUUUUACCUUGAGGAAUCCGAUUUAAAAGCAUUGUUAGCUCCUGGUUGUUUCUACAAUCCUCAUGCUUGUUUGGAGAUCGCUGUAUUUUCGGGGAAGAAGGGAUCCCAUUGUGGAGUCAGUGUCAAAAGGCAGCAAAUCGGCAUUUUUAAAAUGCAAGUUGGCCCUGAAUGGGGUGAAAGAAAACCUCUGAUUCUUUUUAAUGGAUGGAUAGGUAUCGGCAAGAACAACGGAAAACCAAGUGCCGAGUUACAUUUGAAAGUUAAACUAGAUCCUGACCCUAGAUAUGUAUUCCAGUUCGACGAUAUAACAAGAUUGAGUCCUCAGAUAGUUCAGUUGCAAGGAUCCCUCAAGCAGCCAAUCUUCAGUUGCAAGUUUAGUAAAGACAGGGUUUCCCAGAUUGACGCGUUAAGCAAUUACUGGCCGGAUUCUAUCGACAUUUCUGACUUAGAAUGCAAGAAACGAGAGAGAAAGGGGUGGAAGGUGAAGAUACAUGAUCUAUCUGGCUCAGCUGUAGCUGCAGCCUUCAUAACAACUCCCUUUGUUCCAUCUUCAGGUUAUGAUUGGGUUGCCAGAUCCAACCCAGGAGCUUGGUUGAUUGUCCGUCCGGAUGUUGGUAGAUCCGAGAGCUGGCAGCCGUGGGGAAAGCUCGAAGCAUGGCGUGAGCGUGGCAUUAAAGACUCGGUAUGCUGUAGAUUCCAUCUUCUACCUGAAGCUCAUGACGGAGGCAAUCUUCUCAUGUCUGAAAUUCAUAUAAAUGCUGAAAAGGGCGGCGAGUUUUUCAUAGAUACCGAAAAACACAUGAGAACCGCAACUUCUGCAGCAAGUCCAAUACCUAGUCCGCAAAGUAGCGGAGACUUUGGUGCACUGAGUCCGAUUGUUGGAGGUUUCGUCAUGAGCUGUAGAGUUCAAGGCGAAGGAAAGCGUAGUAAGCCAUUAGUACAGCUUGCGCUGCGACACGUGACAUGCGUCGAGGAUGCUGCCAUCUUCAUGGCACUUGCAGCAGCGGUCGACCUCAGUAUUGAGGCGUGUAGACCUUUUCGGAGAAAGAUCAAAAGAGGGUUUCGGAAUUCUAUCUGAAAAAACAAAGGCUAAUGCAUGUUUAAACACUAUCAUGUCUUUGUUGUUAUUUGCUGCAAUAUUGACAAAAUUGUACAGCGUAAAUUGCCACAAUUACUUUAGCAAUGUGAUAUAUUUGAAUUCAUAACAAUGUAGCUUAUGUACUAUUAAGAUGCAUAAAAGUUCUCAAACUAAUGGUGUCUAUUAUCUUCGCUGCAUUAUUGCUGUGAGUUUGGUUCAUGAUA